GUGUUGUGUUUAUACAUCCGCUUUUGUCCCGUGGCUCCGUGGGGUUUGAUGAAGCCCGUGUUAUUUGCUGUUCUCUUUGUAUUUGCCAGCACUGUCUGGUGCGACAACAAAGGACGGACGGCUACUGUCAUUUCACUUGCGUUUCGCCCGUAAAAGAUUUUCAGCUGAAUUCCCAUCUGACUACACUAGCCAGUAUCCACAAGAUUCAUCACACCUUACACAGACUGAAUCUGACUGAAGACGUUGGACAGGACAGCACCCCAUCAGCUUGCUGCUCUAGAGCCAUGCCACCAAGAAAAAAGAGGAGACCUUCUGCAGGAGAUGACCUGUCAGCCAAGAAAAGUCGCCAAGACAGCAUUUUCAGAAAACAUGAGACAUCACAGAUCCGGGAGGAGGAGACGUUUUCUAGUAAAAGAUGUCUGGAGUGGUUCUAUGAGUAUGCAGGUUGUGACGACGUUGUGGGUCCAGAGGGCAUAGAGAAGUUCUGCGAGGACAUUGGAGUGGAGCCAGAGAAUGUGGUUAUGCUGGUUCUUGCUUGGAAGCUGGAUGCUCAGAGUAUGGGGUAUUUCACUCUUCAGGAGUGGCUAAGAGGCAUGGGCUCACUGCAGUGCGAUUCCACUGAGAGACUGAGGAAUUCACUCGACUACCUGAGAUCUGUCCUGAAUGACAGCACCAGUUUUAAGCUUAUUUACAGAUACGCCUUUGAUUUCGCUCGGGAAAAAGAUCAGAGGAGUUUGGACUUGAACACAGCAAAGUGUAUGCUGGGGCUUCUUCUGGGGAAAACCUGGCCUCUGUUUCCUGUCUUUAACCAGUUUUUAGAGCAAUCCAAGUACAAAGUCAUCAACAAAGACCAGUGGUGCAAUGUUUUAGAGUUCAGCAGGACAAUCAACCUGGACCUUAGUAACUAUGAUGAAGACGGCGCCUGGCCCGUUUUGCUGGACGAGUUUGUGGAAUGGUACAAGGAAAGACAGAUGUCAUAGCUGCAGAUGGAAAAAUGGAAGGAAAAAAAAAAGUUACAACUGUGACCACAACAACUCUGAGUAUCAACAACCAAUAAGCAAACACAACAAAAUCGGUAAAGCAGUGACAGUUAGUGCCUCCCGGAGAAAGAAGGGGUUCAUGCUGUGGGUGGGUGGGCGGGGGUUUGGGGGUCACUGGAUUUGCAGCUCGGGGUGUUUGCUGCUCCGACUCCCAGGGUGGAGGAGAGCUGUUCUUGCAGAGUUUUGCUCCCUGUGGUAGUUGCAUUGUGGUAGGUUUGCAGCAAUCCCCCCCAGUGGCGUUGCUUUCUGUUACUGUGACGUCUCAUAUUGCUGUCUGUGUUGGGAUAACAUGGUAUCAUACGCUGACUAUGGAAACGCAGUGGUACUGUGUGGGAGCACCACUCACCCCCAGUAGUCAUCACUGCAGAGAAACCACCAGAAGUGACCAUUCAUGCAUUGUAUUCGAGUCUUAAACAGGAUCACUUGGACCUAGGCACACUCAAAUAUUAAAGACCCGAGCAAUGAACUUAAACUUGAGCUCGUUGGGACAGAUGGCACUAACUACUGUUUGUGGUUUUAUUUACUUCUCCUAAAAGCACACUGUGUCAAAGGGUUGACUGCAGGUUCUCAGAUGCCUGUACCGUUUACUGGUUCUUUCUUUCCCUCCAUUUUUCUUUCUGUCCCUCCUUCUGUUUUGCUAAUGAUAACGUUCUGCUAGCCCCAUGCAAAGACUUGAGACCUCAUAACUCCAAACAAAUCAGCAUUGCUGCUUAUUAAUUCUAAAUACAGUGCAACAGUGAGCCACCAGUGCUCUACUCUGCGUUUAUUGGUCUAAUGACCAAUUUCUGUAUCUACGCUGUGAGAUAAGAUUUUUCCUCAAACAUGGAAGUCGCAUUGUGUGUCCUGCACAGAUACCAACAAACCCAAACAUUUAUACAUGUGACCCUACGGUGCCUUUCAAAAGUAUUCAUACCCCUUGAAUUUUUUUUUUUCACAUUUUGUCUCGAUACAAACAAAAACUUUGUUCUGGAGUGGAAGGUAAAUAUUACCUUAUCACUUUAAAAAUAAAUAAAAAUCAGAAAAGUGUGCCAUGCAUUUGUGUUCAACCCCUCUUGAAUUAAUCCGGUUUAAAACUGCCUUUCACUGCAAUUAUAGUUGCAGGCCUUUUUGGUUAAAUCUCUACCAGUUUUGCAUAUAUAGAGACUAAAAUUAUCGUCCAUUCUUCUUGGCAAAAUAGACUCAUUGGAUGGAGAAGUAUCUGUGAAUGUCAGUUCUCAUGUCUUGCCAUGAAUUUACAGUUUGAUUUCUGUCCAGACUUUUAGUAGGCCAUUUUUACGUAGGAGUAUGAUUUGAUCUAGACCCUGUUGCUGUAGCUCUGGCUUUAUGUUUAGGGUUGUCAAAGCAACCAUAUCUUGGUUGGUUUGCAGUUGGACCAUACUCUUACAAUUUUUAGAUUAAUUUGAUGCAAGAUGUUCCAAGUUUGGGGAUUUUCUUGCUUUAAAUCCUUAUUGUGUGAAUUUAUUAUUUAAAAAAAUAAUUUGUGUUUUUGCUUUUAAACUAUUUUAAAUGUAGUAAUGGUUGUUAUAAAUGUCAUUAUUUAGUAAAUAAGCCAAGUUAUAAAUGCAUAUGCCUGAGUAUUAGAAAUCAGUGAAGUGCUUCCAUUAUGAUCUUUUAGGUGUGUUGAAUAUACAUCAGCAAGCAUUGCUGAUUUAAAUACACCACCUUAGCAGUGUGGUGAUUUGAGGGGGAUUUGUGACCAUAGUGUUUAAGGGAUUCCUCCUGACCUGUGUGGUGUUUUCUGUGGUAUUCAUGCUGCUUGUUUUCCAACAAACCUUUGAGUUCUUCCCAGAACAGCUGCAUUUAUGCUAAGAUUAAAUUACGCACAGAUGGAGCUUAGCUACUAAUUAUUUAACUGCAUUUCCUUCAGGGGUUUCAGAGUAAGGAGGACCUAACACAAAUGCACCCCAUAAUCCUCAGAUCUAGAUCUGUAAAACAUUUUUUUUUUAGCCAUUUGUCUUGGUCUGUAACAUAAAAUCCUAAUGAAUCGCACUGAAGUUUGUGUUUUGUAAUGUGACAAAAUGUGAAAAAGUCAGAGUGAAACUUUUUGCAAGCCACCGAACAUCCAGCACAUGCAGGCAGUGACAUACAAGUAGUCAGGUAAUCUUUCAGGAUGAAUCCAGACUGUUUAGACUGUGUUAUAAGUUAACAUAGUGGCCAGAUGGUGCCAUUUUGUCUUGGUAUUUGGCAUUUGUUUGUCUUCCUCAGUGCACUGAUGGUUUCUGGCCUCCUUUUUACUUGUAGCAUUCCUCCCAACACUGACAGUGUUACAAUAGCUGCAGUGGAACACCUGAGACCCUCUGAGGACAAGAUGUCCUUUAAGUUAGUGAGGUAGGUUUGCUGAAAGCAUUUCUUUCUAGCACCCGUAGGGCGUAAAUGAAAAAUUUGGACACUGACCGUCUGGGUGUGUGUGAUGAUGCUAUGCUGUUCUGUUCGCCUAGUGUAAUGUUCUUGUAACACAUGUAUAAAAUCUUUUAUGUCUUUGACUGUAAUGUGAUGCCGCACCGUCAGAAGAUUUACUAUUUGCAUGCAUGCUCCGACAGAGCCAUUGUGAAUGGAUGAGAUUUUUUGAAAACAUUUUUCAAACAUGCUUUGUUUUGUACAGUUAUUUGUGCAUGUGUUCUGUUCUUACUUUGACAAACACAGUCAUGUUAGUUUAUUUUUCCUAUGAAAAAAAAAACAAUUGUGUCCACUACGACCUGGAACACACCUGUAACCUCAUGGUGGAUCAGGAGUUCCCUCCUGCAUUUCUCCCAUCCCUCUCAACCUUUUGUAUAUUGUAAUUCCAAGCAAGCUGCAACCGGUGUGAAGAAUUGUUUUAUUAUUUUGAAGUGCAUACAAUAUUUGUUUUGUAGCUUCUGCAAUCAUUGUCAGAUCAUACACAUAAGCUUACCUUUGGAAGCUUCACCAUUAACAAAAACUGGAUUUAACUGUUUCAUUCCUUACCAAAUACUGUGUAGAGAUAAAUCUUUUAAUAUUCUCCAAUGAAAUGCAGGAGGAUGAACAGCCUUGUUCCGACUGUAAAUAUGUAUGUAAACAAUCUGAGUGUCUAUAUGUUUGUUUUCACUAUAACCAAUGUCUAUACACAUAAAUAAAAAGGUUUAUUAACUUA